UUUUCCGGGGCAAGCCGUGGGUGCGAGGAAAGCGAAAGUUAGCCCAGCAGCAGCGCUCGCGUCGCCUCGACGGAAGCAGCAGGUCGCUGCAGCGCAGACCCCCAGCCCGCCCGCUGCCUUUCUUGGACAGUCAGGCGCCUCCCUCUCGCCGGGCAGGAAAGCAGGAAGACGUUGCUGGGGUCCCAGAAGAGCCACGCGCCGGCCGGCUCCAACCGGUCUUACCUACUUCGCUGGACCGGAGCGACUUGGCCGCCUCUGCGCCGACUGCCAGCCCUGGCCAUGGGGGAAAACCAUUUAGAGCAGUGCCAGAAGGAGACCGAGGAAGUGACUCAGAUCAUGCUAGAAAACUACAGCAAGGUGCUGGAUCGCGAAGGCAAACUGAGCGACCUGGAUGACAGAGCAGAGGAGCUUCGAAACCAGAGUUCUGCCUUCAACAAGACCACAAAGACCAUAGCCCGGCAGGAACGUUGGAAGAACAGGAAAUUCAAGAUCAUCCUGGUGGCAGUGGUUAUUGGGGCUCUCCUACUUCUCAUCCUGGCAAUAGUUCUUGCCUUCAGUUUAGGCAGCUCUGGGAACCAGGAGGCUGCAGCAAAAACCAGCACUGGUGGCGACUGAGUGGAAAUUAAGACAACCAGAGAAUCUUCUUCACAAGACUCUCCCUUGACUCAGCAUGCCAAUGCUACUUGGGGCUUGAGCAGGACUUAUCAGCUACCUAGAGUUCCCAUCACAGAGUUGUUGCAGCAGCGGCAGCAACAUGUAGAUGCACAAGAGCUGUAACUCUUGGAGCAUUCAGUGCCCGUGUGCAUGUAAUGUGGCUCCAGCCAGGCAAUAUCUAUGCUCAGCCCUAAAUGGCACAACAUUGUGUGUUUGCAAUCCUGUUCAGCAGCAAUCUGUACUAUACAUUGAUAUAAAAAGUAAGAAACACCCUUGCAUUUUUGCAGUCAUGUUCAAGGAGAGAGACAGACAUGGUCCUGCCACCUUCCACUCCUGAAAGCUGCCAGUGGAAUUCGAGUGUAGAUUCUCUGUUUUUUUGUUAUAGGGAAGUUAGAAAGAGAAUUGCUUUUGGCAGAUGAAAGUGUAAGUGCCUUGAAAGGUAGAUAGUAGAUGGGUUUGAGCCAUAGAUUCUCUUUUGCAGCUCCCAUUCAUUUCAGUGCGGCUUAUACAGGAAAGCUUUGCCUGGGAUUGUGCCUCAUAUUAAUUAACAAGAGGGAAGAUCGCAUUUAGAUUUUCUGCACAAAAUGUCUUGAGCCAGCCCUGCUUUUUAAAAUACUCAACUAUAUUCCUGUUAUGGAUAUUUCUCUACAACUGGGAACAUGAAUGUUGCUUCUCAAUCACAUGAAGCAAUGACCCAUGUUUUCAGGGAUCUUAGGGAAUUUCACAGAUGGUCUUGAAGUUGGAAGGUUAGUGAUUAUGCUGCAGCAGAAAUUAUGCCUAUGUUCCACAGUAUUUCUCUGUUUGGUGCGUCAUCCUUUUAAACUUUAGUCACUUUGCUUUUUGUAGAAAAUGUGAAAAAUGGCACCUCUUGCAUAGGAAUCAAUUUUUCUGUUGUGUCUUUGGACAAAAUUCCUGUUUUCUUCUGUCUUAGCCAAUUUUUGCCAGGAUUUUUCUUUUUAAAAUGUGCAUAUCUAAAUAUUGCGUUAUUUUCAUUAACAUUUGUUUGCACAAAACUGCACAUUUAGUAUUCUCAUACAGAUAUAUUUUUCCUCCUCUGAUCUUGCACACAUGUGAAUAUUUAGAAAUAUAUAAACCAGGACUGUCUUCCUGUGCACAGAUCUGAAUUGUUUAAAAAUCAUAGAUCACGAAGCCCAUGUGCUUAGAGGAAGAAGUCUCAUUUUUUAAUAAUGGGGUGAAAUGCACAAUGCUCACAUGAAAUGUGCUGCACAGGGAUAAUAAAAUAAACAGGAGGAUUACAACCAGGGUGGAUUUGAUUUGAAUCAAAUGGAGUUAAGUUGUGAUAUAAAUCACUGAUCAGUAAGAUUUGUUUUAAAUAAAGGCUCAUUCUUGCUGGCCUUACCCAGAUGAAGGUUUUAUUUUAGUAUAAUAACUUUUCCAUGUUAGUUUUAGUUAUGUCAGAAAAUUAAUGAUUGGUUAUUGAAACAGAUAAUUGUGAAAUCAUUGCAAGGUGAAUGAUCUCUUGUUUAAUAGGUUAAUCAUUCCUAUUUGGACAACUUCUGCUGUAUUUUAAUUGGAAGGAGAAAAAUAAUCAUUAACACUAACCAUUUAUAUUGCUUUAUUUAACUGAAACAAUAACAUUAUAUAGCAUAUGUAUUCAUAUAUUUGCUUAAACAUCCAUGAAGAUACACUCACAAAGAUCUCAAGAUUUCUGGAAUAUUCUGCUCAACAAGUUUCACUGUCAGUUGUACUGCCUAUUCCUCCUUUCUUACAUAUAACUCUUAACAUCUCUUUUUUCACCCCAAUCUUAUAUUCAUUGAACUUCUUAAAACUUAGCACUUAAGAGAUAAGAGGUUGAAUCUGUGCAUAGAUUUGCAGAGGAUCAAUAGGACUGAGGUCUCUUAACUCUAUAUGUUUAUUUUAUAGCAUUUUUGCUGUGAAGAAGAGGCAUGUUAUCUCUGCAGACACAAAUUCACAGUUUUGGGAACCAAGCACCUGUGAUAUCAUCUUCUAGAUAGAAAAAUUGCCCAAAAUAAUCUUACAAAAAUCUCUGGGAGAGCAUAACAUUGUGAAUAGAUUAAUGGAAUUAAUUUACUGAAAUUUUUAAACACUGCAUGAAUGUAUAGUCUCAUGCUACAUAAUUAAAAAUUAAUCUAUAUUUCAUGAUGAAUAACCUUUGUACUAUAAUGUGUCUGAUUUUUUUAUUUUUUUAAAAAAAUAAUAAUUGAUUUUUAUCUACCCUGAUUACAACAGUGUUGUAAUCACACAGCCAAAACACACCUCUUUGCCAUACAAUUCUGCUCCCUGCAUACUUGUGCCUGAGCAGUUUCAGAUGUCUCUUCUACACAAAUGGCAAGUCAUAUAAUAGCUACAAUUUUUAUCACAUUUUAGAUAGGGUUGGCAGGAAACCUAUUCAGAUGUUCGUUUUGUUUUUAAAAAUAACUGUACCUUUUAACUUAUGUUCUACGGAAGUGUGUAGUUAUUCAACAGAUAGCUCUUCAUGUACUGUUUCAAGAGCUGUCUUUUGUGACAAGUUCAAUAAAAUAUGGAGUGCUUUGUAACAAA